CAACACUGGUUCCCGAUCGCUCUUUUUGGUUCGUCCUCCAUUUUGGUUAUAUUUACUUGUAAAACAAGACCACAAACAUGCAAAACGACGCUGGAGAAACGGUUGACUUGUACUGCCCAAGGAAAUGCUCUGCGAGUAACAGGAUCAUCCACGCCAAGGAUCACGCCUCGAUCCAAUUGAGCAUCGCAGAAGUCGAUCCUCAAACUGGCAGAAUGACAGAAAACUCGAAAAGUUACGCUCUUUGCGGUGCUAUUAGACGCAUGGGUGAAUCGGACGAUUGUAUUGUAAGGUUAACGAAAAAAGAUGGGAUAUUGGCUAAGAAUUUCUGAGUGGAUUUAUUGGACUGCAGUUGAAGAUCAUAUAAAAUAAAUAUGUGGUAGAACUUGUGGUUAAAUAAAUCUAUAUUUAGGUAUUAAUAAA